CGGUGACAGGUCGACGAUGACACACGGUGCCCGUACUUUCGUAGGUGUACGUGUCGCUCGACAGCUAUUUUUUUUCGCUCCCCCGUCGUGGGUGUAAUUCUUGCUUCGAGUGGAGAGAACAAAUAAAGAGGGAAAAGAGAGAGACGAGAGACGAGAGAGAGAGAGAGAGAGAGAGAGAGAGCGAGCACCAAAGUAAUUUCUCUUCAUCUCUGCAAGAGCGAAGCAAACGAGCGCGGACUCUCGCUCUUGUAGCACUCUCUGUCGAAAAGAUUCGUCUCAAUCUCGGGAUCCGAGAGAGAUCGGCAGAAGAGGAAGAACAUCCCUAAAGGAACCCGGCACUAAAUAAACCGAUGCUUGCCGAUAGGUCAUGAACACGCUGUAUCCGAAUCUUUACGAGCGAUUCAGGACCGAGGGUCUCUGUCCCAUUUGCCUCAUGGAGAUGGAGCUCACGCCCAGGUACUCGUGCGUCAACAGACACACCGUGUGCCAUCGCUGCAAGCCCUAUUACUACGGCUGUCCCACGUGCAUGGCACCGUUGGACAUUGAGAUUCUGCCGCCACACGCGGAUGCGCCGCAGCCGACGCACUACAUGCCGCAUCCCACCGCACCGCCAAUGAACGACUUUCUGAGUCACGAAAGAGCGGCGUCCUGGGAGCCGUCCGUGCCGUCGCAGCACUACCAGCAGAUCGAACCGUGCCGAUACUCUCAUCUGGGAUGCUGGGUGAAGGUGCCGGAACAUUUGCGAGCGCUUCAUGAGUCGAGAUGCCAGUUUCGGCCGCAUCUCGAGGAGGAGCAGAUGCCGACCGAUCUACAACACGGUCACGACGAUUUGGUGGAGUGCUCGUAUUCCACGGUAGGCUGUAAGGUACGAAUGGCACCGUGGAGACGCGACAUUCACGAGAAAUUCUGCAACUACAGAAACGACUUCCGUGUGAGCGAGAUCAGCGACGGUCUCGCGUCCGCAACGAUCGACGAUAACGAUUACGGCGGCGACCCCGAGGAACUGGUGCAAUGCAAGUACCGCCGUUACGGCUGCAUGGUAAACAUGCCGAGGAGACGGAAAUACACUCACGAGCAGAAAUGUAACUACAGAAGCCAGUACGUAGACGCGGACGAUGAAUUCUUCAGUUAUAACGCGGCAACGCCGUCGCCGCCACCGGAGUCGCAAUUGGAUCCCGAGGAGCAAGUAGAAUGUAGAUGGUUCGCGUACGGGUGCCGGGUGAAACCGAAACGCUUCCGCAAGCAAAUUCACGAGGAUAAAUGUAAUUACAGGAUGGAGGAAUGCGCGUACAAGGAUUACGGAUGUGGCGCAACGUUCACGCCGUCCAGAAGAUACGCGCACGAGAGCAGAUGCGAGUUCGCCAAUUAGGUUCUCGCGAUUAAGUGUAAAACAACCUCGCUUGUAUAAAAAAAAAAAAAAACAAA